AUGCCCCGCAAGCACAGCGGAGGAGACGAGGGCAGCUCCGCCGGGCUCUGGAUGAAGAGCAGCCGCGCGGGCAGCGGCAUGAAGGAUGUGGAGUCCGGCCGCAGCAGGGUGCUCAUGAGCUCGGCCCCCAGAGGGGACGGCUUGCUCCUGCUGGGCACCGGCAGCGCCAUCGGCCGAGGCGGCUCGCGGGAGACCCGGCGGGGGAAGCAAGGGGGAGCCCGGAUGAGUCUGCUGGGGAAGCCGCUGUCGUACAACAGCAGCCAGAGCUGCCGGAGGAACGUCAAGUACCGGAGGCUGCAAAACUAUCUGUACAACGUACUGGAGAGACCCCGCAGCUGGGCGUUCAUCUACCACGCGUUCGUUUUUCUUCUUGUAUUUGGUUGCUUGAUUUUGUCAGUGUUUUCUACCAUUCCUGAGCACGCAAAACUUGCCUCUCGUUGCCUCUUCAUUCUGGAGUUUGUCAUGAUUGUUGUGUUUGGUUUCGAAUAUAUCAUUCGCAUCUGGUCAGCUGGCUGCUGUUGUCGCUACCGAGGAUGGCAAGGAAGAUUGCGAUUUGCGAGGAAACCAUUCUGUGUAAUAGACACCAUUGUUCUCAUCGCUUCAAUAGCAGUUGUUUCUGCAAAAACUCAGGGUAACAUUUUUGCAACAUCAGCACUGAGAAGUCUUCGUUUCCUACAGAUCCUUCGUAUGGUGCGCAUGGACCGAAGAGGAGGGACUUGGAAAUUAUUAGGUUCAGUAGUUUAUGCACAUAGCAAGGAAUUAAUCACAGCCUGGUACAUAGGAUUUUUAGUACUUAUCUUUUCCUCUUUCCUUGUCUAUCUGGUGGAAAAAGAUGCAAAUACCCAGUUUUCUACGUAUGCAGAUGCUCUCUGGUGGGGCACAAUCACAUUGACAACAAUUGGCUAUGGAGACAAAACUCCUCUUACUUGGCUUGGAAGGCUGCUUUCUGCUGGGUUUGCUUUACUUGGAAUUUCUUUCUUUGCACUACCUGCUGGCAUUCUUGGCUCAGGCUUUGCAUUAAAAGUGCAAGAACAGCACCGUCAGAAACAUUUUGAGAAAAGAAGGAAUCCAGCUGCCAGUUUAAUUCAGUGUGUAUGGCGUAGUUAUGCGGCUGAUGAGAAAUCGGUUUCCAUUGCUACCUGGAAGCCUCAUUUGAAGGCCUUGCAUACCUGCAGCCCUACAAAGAAAGAACAAGGGGAAACUUCUAACAGUAAGCUUUGUAGUAAUAAACAGAAGCUCUUCAGGAUGUACAGCUCUCGGAAACAUAGCCAGAAGUUAAGUUUUAAAGAGCGGGUACGGAUGGCUAGCCCAAGAGGGCAGAGUAUUAAGAACAGGCAGGCAUCAGUUGGAGAUCGACGGUCACCAGGUACUGACGUUACUGCAGAGAGCAGCCCAACCAAAGUGCAAAAGAGCUGGAGCUUCAAUGACCGAACUCGUUUCAGACCUUCACUGCGUCUGAAGAGUUCUCAGCCAAAACCAGUGGCAGAUGCUGACACCACUCUUGGAACAGACGAUGUUUAUGAUGAGAGAGGAUGCCAAUGUGAUGUAUCAGUAGAAGAUCUCACGCCAGCACUUAAAACCAUCAUUAGAGCUAUCAGAAUCAUGAAAUUUCAUGUUGCAAAGAGAAAGUUUAAAGAGACAUUACGUCCAUAUGAUGUAAAAGAUGUAAUUGAACAGUAUUCAGCUGGUCACCUUGAUAUGUUGUGCAGAAUAAAAAGUCUUCAGUCCCGUGUUGACCAGAUUCUUGGAAAAGGACAAAUCACAACAGAUAAGAAAAGUCGAGAAAAGAAUACUGCAGAGAAUGAGACAACUGAUGACCUUAGUAUGUUAGGGCGUGUAGUCAAGGUGGAGAAGCAGGUACAAUCCAUAGAGUCAAAACUGGACAGCCUGUUAGAUAUUUAUCAACAGGUCUUAAGGAAAGGAUCUGCAUCAGCGCUCACUUUGGCUUCAUUUCAAAUGCCAUCUUUUGAAUGUGACCAGACCUCUGAUUAUCAAAGUCCUGUAGACAGCAAAGAUUUAUCUAGUUCUGCACAAACUAGUGGAUGUGUAUCCAGAUCAGCUAGUGCCAACAUGACUCGUGGCCUACAGCUUAUACUGACACCAAAUGAAUUUAGCACUCAGGCUUACUAUGCUUUUAGUCCAACUAUGCAUAGUCAAGCAACACAGGUGCCAAAUGAUGGACCUGCAACAGUAAUAACUAAUAAUACAUCAAACCAAAUAAACCAGGCAACUAAGCCAACAACACCAACAACGUUACAAAUACCACCUUUCUCCUCAGUCAAGCAUGCUAACUGGCCUGAGCCUCUUCAUAUUAUUCCUGCAACCACACAGGAAAAUAUUUCUGAUGUCACUGCUUGCCUUGUUGCUUUAAAGGAUAAUGGACAAGUUGCACAGUCCAAAGUGACAAAGGAUCUUUCCUGGAGAAAAAACCUUGAUACAGAAGGGGAACCCUUGGUCUCAGUUAAACCAGUAGUGCAAAUGGAUUUAGGAAAAUCUUUAUCUGUACAAAACCUUAUACAAUCAUCCGAAGAACUCAAUGUACAGAUUGCUGGGAAUGACUCCAGUGGCUCAAGAGGGAGCCAAGAAGUGUACUCCAAAUGGAGGGAGUCAAAAUUAUUUAUAACAGAUGAAGAGUUGGAAGCAGAGACAAAAACAGAGGCUUUUGAAAGCAUCUCUCGCUCAUUAGUGGAAACAGCUCUCUCUACUGACUCUCUAAGGACUGGAAUAUCAAGAUCAUCUCAAAGCAUUUGCAAGCCAGGGGACAGUACAGAUGCACUCAGCUUGCCUCAUGUCAAACUUAAAUAA